CUGAAACGGGCUUUUAGUUUUCUCCACCGCAACAAGCACAUAAAGUAGCGUGUGAAAUGCGCGUAGGAAUGUGUCCCAUUUGUAUUGUCUUGAAUGUGACAACAUUUGAGAAAAUGAACCUAGUCAAGGUGAGUUUGUGGGUGGGGUUAUGAAUCGAGGGGGUUGGAGUUUCUCGGUUCCAAUCUAACCUUGGUUAAAGUGGGGAAGUUGACCAGGUUAGGUUAAAGUUGAGCCGUCAGGAGUGGGGACAUCAUACUCUAAACGCGUGAAACAUUCAAUGCUUGGUUCUCUGCAGAAACAAGGAUUUUGCCAAGAAGUUUCUUGGCCUGGUUUUUAUGAUGGAACGCCGCAUCGGAGAUGUGGAAUUGUGGUACGGUAGUUCUGCAACUCUCUCAAUUUUUUCUACCAGUCUUGCAUAGAGUAUAACUUCUUCCAUGGUGGUCUUCCACGGAGCCUCUGCCUCUUCCUCUUCCUCUUUCCUCUUCUCUUCUAUUCAUCAGUGGACUUAUGAUGCAUUCUUGAGUUUUAGAGGUGAUGAUACUCGCAAAGCUUUUACUGCCCAUCUAUAUGCAGCUUUAUGUCAAAACAAUAUCAACACCUUCAUGGACCACAAGCUUGAAAGUGGAGAGGAAAUUUCCCCAGCACUUCUCAAAGCCAUUGAAGAAUCAGAGAUUUCAAUUAUUGUACUCUCUAAAAACUACGCAUCAUCCCGAUGGUGCUUGGACGAGUUGAUAAAGAUCCUUGAGUGUAAAAAAACAAGAAGGCAACGGGUUCUACCCUUGUUUUAUGACAUAGAUCCGUCGGAAGUACGAAAUCAAACCAAUAGUGUUGGAGAAGCAUUCGCUAAACUUGAAGGGAAGUUUAAGCAUGAUCAAAUGAAAUUGCAGAGGUGGAAGACAGCUCUAUCACAAGUGGCUGAUUUGUCGGGGAGGUGUUUGGAGAACAGGAGUGAACCUGAAUUCAUUCACGAAAUCAUUCAAUUGGUGAAGUCGAUGUUAGUAAAAAGUACAAAUUUCCAAGUUGCCCAGCAUCAAAAGUCUGAUGAACAAUAUGUGAAUCCGCUUUUAAUAGAGAAGAAUGACAAUACUUGCAUGGUAGGUAUUUUCAAAACUGGUGGAAUUGAUGAGUCGACUAUCGCCAAAGUCAUCCACAGCUCGAUUGCCGCUCUAACUGAAGAAUACAGAAAAAGUGAUAGAAGGAAUCAAGCAGUUCGAGAGUUAGACAGUGAACAAAAUGCCAAAGAAUUGAUAGACUCGAGUGAGUUCUCUUCUGGCCAAAAGGGAAACAGAAACAUUGACAGAAGAAAUCAAGCACUUCGUGCAUUAGACAGUGAGAAAAUGGCCAAAGACUUGAUAUGCUCGGAAAACAUAAGUGACACAGGAAAUCAAGCUCUUCGUGGAUUAAAGUAUAAAAAAUUUGGCAAAGCACUUGACCAAUUUUUUUUAUUCUUCAGAAAACCUGUCAAAAACUUGAUAGAAUCGGAUGAGUUUAGAGAAAAAUAUGAGCAUCGCAUACAAGUGCCAUUUUUUGAUUGGAAAAGCAUUCUAGUAGCUACAAAUGGCUUCUUAGAAGAAAACAAGCUUGGACAGGGGGGCUUUGGAUCUGUUUACAAGGGCACAUUUCCAGGAGGUGAAGAAAUUGUGGUAAAGAGGCUUGACCUUUUCUCACGCCAAGGCGAAGAAGAGUUUAUGAAUGAGGUGUUGACGGUUGGAAAGCUUCAACAUAUGAAUAUUGUUAGGCUUUGGGGAUAUUGCACAAAAGGAGAUGAAAGGAUUUUACUUUAUGAGUACAUGCCGAACAAAAGCUUAGACUCUUUUAUAUUUGAUCAAAGGCAAAGCAUGCUUUUGAACUGGGAAAUGCGCAUCAACAUCAUUUUGGGAAUAGCUCGUGGGCUUCUUUAUCUUCACCGUGACUCAAGAUUGAGGAUCAUCCACAGAGAUCUGAAACUUGGCAACAUUCUUUUAGAUGAGGAGAUGAACCCCAAGAUAUCUGACUUUGGCUUUGCAACGAUUGUUGGAGGCAAAGAAACCGGGGGAAACACAACAAGGAUAUGUGGAACUUAUGGGUAUAUGUCUCCAGAGUAUGUAUUUGAUGGACUUUUCUCAGUUAAAUCCGACGUUUUUAGCUUUGGUGUAGUUCUACUUGAGAUCAUAAGUGGAAAAAAGACACAAUUUUACCAGUCAGAACUAGCCAUGCACCUUACAGACUAUGCAUGGAGAUUGUGGGUUGAAAACAAGGUGUUGGAUUUAAUGGAUCCGACUCUACAUGAAAUUUGCAAUGUAGAUCAAUUUGUGAAAUGCGUAAAUAUUGGACUCUUAUGCAUAGAAGAAGAUUUAAAUGACCGCCCAACCAUGUCAAAUGUUGUUACAAUGCUUGACGGUGAAGGUGCAACAUUUCCAACUCCAAAACAGCCCGCAUUUGUUCAAUGGAGAGGCCUUUCUAGCAAACCUAGUUCUUCUAGUAAGCCAGAUACCACAUAUACAGAAUCAACUAGUAGUACUUUAGAGAUGCAUGAUAAUAAUGCUUGAUACCAAUGCAAGUUAUCUUUGAGUAGUGGCCCAAACAUUUGAUAUCAAUUCUAGUAGAGUAGCUAAGCUGCUCGUACAUUCAU